UCCAGAUCUCACAGACCUUAUAAAGCAUUAGUUGAAAACUCACUGAGGUUGCAAGGCAUUUUAAUGAUUUACUCACUGUAUCGAGUUCCUUUCGGUACAUUGGUGAUACUCUGAUGAUCUGCAGUAUUCACUUUCAAAUCUUUUGUACUAUCCACUCCUCUUGCUAUAUAUCGAUCGACCAAAAUUUUAUCCCCACAGUCAUAACGGGCUGGCCAAACCCGGCAAAGGAUCUGAUCUUCUGCUGAUUCCAGCUGAACCCAUUGUCCUACUUUCAAUCCCUUGAAUCGUUUUGAUGAAAUCCGGCAGCGAGCCGUAUGUCGGUCGCAGUAGUCUGCUGGUAAAAGUUGGUAAUCCUCUUUCUCACCCAUUCAGCACCAAUUGUUCAAGUCAAAGAAAAAAAAAAAAAAGCCUAGCAAAAACCACUCCUCUUAUAAAUAUAUGAGGCAAUGGUUAAGGGGUGCUAUGGAUCUACUUCAUGUGUUGUCUCGCACAGCUUUUUCAUUGAAGCUUUUGCAUGUCAUGACAACCAAGAAGAGUAAUGCGCUCAAAAGACAGCAGUAUGGCAUAGCAUUGCCCUUACUAUGCCUGCAGCAGGAUUCACUUCAGCCAUCACUGGAGACCAAGGAUCAGUGUGCCCAGAAACAAAUAUUGCGUUCUCGUUGGAAACCCCUGAACGAGAUACUCAGAUACGUCUCCAUAUGGACCCGCCAGCUGUAUCCUCAGAGUGGAAAUCUGGUAAUACCUCCAGAGCUUAUCCAGGCAGAGUUCCAUCCGCUUGGGAGAUCUGUAUGGGUCAAAAAUGAAAACGAUAUGGAGAAACUCUUUCGUCAGGGCUUCUUUGGCAAGGGUACACUCUCUCGCAGUGAGGCGACCUGGAGGCAAAGAAUCGCUGGUGACGCACAAGGGAUGCGACUUGAAGACAUUACUCGUCAGCGGCGCAUCGAACGCGCACGAUUGAAGGAGCAAAAGACAAGCUCUCCAAGCGGCUUAUUACCUACACAAACAAGCGGAGACCCCUCACCGUCGUCGUUAAAACCAUCUGUAAUACCUUUAAUAGAUACGGAUACUACUUCUAGUGGCCAGUUACAGAGCACAGCCGCACCAUCAAAAAUUACAUCCAGGGAUGCUAUAGCGACUGAUGGUAAAAAGAACAUAAAUGCAAAAAAUUCUGAGGAAAACUAUGAGCAUCUUCAGCUCUCACUUGAGGAAGCCAUGUUCCUCGUGUUUGCGAUUGAGUGUAUUUAUAUCACAACCGCCGCAGCAACAACUACAACAAAACCAGUAACUAUGUCUAUACAAGAAUGCUGGCUCAAGUUCAUAAAAGCCUGUAAUGUGAAUCCAACAAUGGAAAUUACUGUCGACAAUCCCUUCAUUGUCCGAUAUGCCGCUUACCAUCAUUAUCGUAGUCAGGGCUGGGUUGUUAAGGAUGGACUGAAAUAUGGAUCAGAUUUUCUACUCUAUCGAAAAGGCAUGGUCUUUGGACAUUCGCAAUAUGCCAUCAAAGUAAUCUCUUGUAACAGUCAAGACGAACAUCAAAUUGGCGCCUCAAAGCCCCUAACAGGUACUUUAUUACAGCCAUUCUUGUCCUCGACUCCUGGUAUCUGUCAACCUCAUCCUGCUCUUUCAUGGCAAUGGCUUUUAACCAUUAAUAGAGUUGUCUCUCAAGUUCAAAAGACAGUUAUUUUAUGUCAUGUACUAUAUCCUUCACAUGCUACAAAAAAACAGUUAUCUCACCCAAGGACCGCCCUUCCUCUCUACAAAGUCGCCGAGAUAGGUAUCAAGCGCUUCAUCCCAGAAAGGAAUCGUACAUAGCACCAAUAAAGAAUGUUACGAGAAAUAAAGAAAUGAACCUAAAGCCAUAUUAGAAUAGGGGGAAAAUGUAUUCUGUAUCUUAAAAGCUCAAAGCUUGCUCUUGGCACCAAUAACACCGAGUUCUUGACCGAUAUCGAUAAAGGCGUUAGCAGCCUGACGAAUUUGUUCCUCAGUGUGUGCAGCUGACAGCUGGACACGAAUGCGUGCUUCUCCCUUGGGGACGACAGGGUAUGAGAAGCCAAUGACAUAGAUACCGCGCUGCAACAUCUUGUCGGCAAACUGGUUAGCAAGGCGAGCAUCACCUAACAUGAUGGGUGCGAUAGGGUGGUUAUCGCC